UUCGCGGGUGUUGAGACGGGAUUUGUGCGGUGCGGUUCCUGGGCUCCUAGCUUCAUGACUGCGCGGAGCGGGGAACCAACACCAUGCGAGCACAAAUUGAAGUGAUACCAUGCAAAAUUUGUGGUGAUAAAUCCUCUGGAAUACACUAUGGAGUCAUCACAUGUGAAGGCUGCAAGGGAUUCUUUCGGAGGAGUCAGCAGAACAAUGCAUCCUAUUCCUGUCCAAGACAGAGAAACUGUUUAAUUGACAGAACCAACAGAAAUCGCUGCCAGCACUGCCGACUGCAGAAAUGUCUUGCCCUGGGAAUGUCUCGAGAUGCUGUGAAAUUUGGAAGAAUGUCCAAAAAGCAGAGGGAUAGCUUGUAUGCUGAAGUGCAGAAGCACCAGCAGCGACUGCAGGAGCAGCGGCAGCAGCAGAGUGGUGAGGCAGAAGCUCUGGCCAGGGUUUACAGCAGCAGCAUCAGCAAUGGCUUGAACAAUCUGAACAGCGAGACUGGCAGCACCUACGCCAACGGGCACGUCAUCGACCUGCCCAAGUCUGAGGGCUAUUACAGCGUGGAUUCUGCCCAGCCCUCCCCAGACCAGUCUGGGUUAGACAUGACUGGAAUCAAACAGAUAAAGCAGGAACCUAUCUAUGACCUCACCUCUGUACCAAACUUGUUUACCUAUAGUUCUUUCAACAGCGGCCAAUUAGCUCCAGGGAUAUCCAUGAGCGAAAUCGAUCGAAUUGCACAGAAUAUCAUUAAGUCUCAUUUGGAGACAUGUCAAUAUACAAUGGAGGAAUUACAUCAGCUAGCGUGGCAGACCCACACAUAUGAAGAAAUAAAGGUUUACCAGAGCAAGACGAGAGAAGCUCUGUGGCAGCAGUGUGCCAUUCAGAUCACCCAUGCUAUCCAGUAUGUGGUGGAGUUUGCAAAGCGCAUAACAGGCUUCAUGGAGCUCUGCCAGAAUGACCAAAUUCUCCUUCUUAAGUCAGGCUGCUUGGAAGUGGUUUUGGUGAGAAUGUGCCGUGCCUUCAACCCACUUAACAAUACUGUUCUGUUUGAAGGAAAGUAUGGAGGGAUGCAAAUGUUUAAAGCUUUGGGUUCUGAUGAUCUGGUAAAUGAAGCAUUUGACUUUGCAAAGAAUUUAUGUUCCUUACAGCUGACUGAGGAGGAAAUUGCCUUGUUUUCAUCUGCUGUUCUGAUAUCACCAGAUCGAGCCUGGUUAAUAGAGCCAAGGAAGGUCCAGAAGCUUCAGGAAAAGAUUUACUUUGCACUUCAACAUGUUAUUCAGAAGAACCACCUCGAUGAGGAGACAUUGACAAAGUUAAUAGCCAAGAUACCAACAAUUACUGCACUUUGCAACUUGCACGGAGAGAAACUGCAGGUAUUUAAGCAAUCUCAUCCAGACAUAGUGAACACACUGUUUCCUCCAUUAUACAAGGAGCUUUUCAAUCCAGACUCAACCACUGGCUGCAAGUGAAGGGGAUAAUAGAAUUUUCACUUAGUCAUGGAAUGCAUCACUAGUAAGACAAAGAGAAAUGUUUUCAUGAAGAAAUUAUUAAAAAUGUCACUACUGCAACACUAGGAAUGUCCUGCACUUAAUAGAAUUAUUUUUCACCGCUACAGUUUGAAGAAUGUAAAUAUGCAACUCUGAGUGGGGAUGUCUUUUUUCUCUUUUGUUUACUUUUCGUGUUGUUUUUUUUUUUUCAUUUUUGAACUGACAAUGAAUAUAAAAAUGUAGGACACUGGGUGUUACCUUUUUUUUAAUUUACUUUUAUUGGGGGAUGUUUUGGGAGACAACUGUUCCUAGAAUUUUAUUGUAGAUAUACAUGAUAAUAGAGCAGUACUUUGCAGUAUUACUCUUGCUGUUUAUUGUUAAAAUAUAAUUUAAGAAAAUUCCACUUAUUAGACUGCCUAGUUCUAUGUUUUUAGAUAGUUUAAUGCAUGUGGAAAUCUGUAGCUGUCUUGGAAGUUAUGUGCAUAUAUGGAAGACACACACACUCACAUAUAUAUACAUAUAUAUGUGUAUGUAUGUACAUACGUGUGUAUGCAUUAUAUGCAUACAUGCUGUAACUUAAAAUCACAUGCCUACAUUUAAAGGAUGCUCAACCCAGCUCUCAUGUAUUUCCCAUUCUCCAAGUAAUGUAUUAGAUUUACUUUGGGCAAUCAAGAUUUGCUUUGCCAGAGUUAAAUUGUCAGCUGCCAAUCUGUAAUGACAGGAUUACUUCUGAGAUGUGCGUAAUGUAGUGCAUGCGUGCUGUGUGUAAAUCAAACAUCAGGAAUGUAUCAAUGGUGCAAAAGCCUUGUCUGGAUGGGUUUACUGAAAGGAGGAAUAGGAUUGGGGUUUUUUUCAUUUUCUCACUGUUACAGGAGGAUAACAUAUAUAAAAGUAGGACCUGAUCUCAGUAAAGUAUCUGAAACAUGGAGUAAAAAUUUAGACAAUCCCAUAUGUACAUUUUUGUGAUUUCACACAGGAUUUUGUUUUAUAUAUACUGGUUUGAAAAGUAGUUUCAAGUCUUGGUUUGUUUUUUGCUGAACUCAUUAGAAAGAUAGGUAGUAAGCUCAGUGAAAACCAUGGAAAGCCUAAAAUGUAUCUCUGAAGGAAAGGAGGGAAGGAGGAAGAAAGUCAAAAGUGAGUGAAGUCCAUGGUUACUACAAACAACAGUGUAAUUGUCACUGUUUCUGACAGUCAUCAUCUAGAUGGGACUGAUGGUUUCCAUUACACUCGUACAUCUGUGUAUGUUUUAAACACGUGCAUAUAUGUAUGUAUAUAUCUGUAUGUAUAUAACUGUAUAUAUAUAUAUGCAUAUAUAGGAUUUAUUUUAAAUGCAUUUCAGGAGUGGAGCAAAGGGCUGGAGCUUUCUUAUUGUCUGUCUCUGAACUGACUGUACAUGCAUUUGCUUGCAAAACCAAAGGCAAACACAGAGGGGAGUGGAAGGCAGCCAUGGAAUUAAUCUUCUGGAUUAAUUAAGUUUAAUCAGCAGUCAUUAUUAAUGUAUCUGCAUUCUGCCAGUAGUACAAGACACAGAUGGUUUAGCUUUGAAAGAAGGAUUCAGUUUCUGCUACAUCUCCCUUUACCACCACUUUUACCCAUUGUGAACUUUUUCAGAGCAGUCUCCUCUGGGAUACCAGCAAAGGGCAUAGAGCAGAAAUAAGAAGCAGCAGGCAGUAGAGAGGAAAGGAAGUGAAGCCAGGAUCACAAGCAGAUGUUCUUUAUUUCAAACCAUGCAGAAGCCAGUGCAAGGCAAGGGGAAGCACCCAGGACCUGCCUGUUUGCCAGGCUCAUGGAGGGGCAGUGUCACAGGGAGCCCACAGGGACACAGGUGGCCCCUGAGGUGGGUGAAGAAAAUCGGGUCUGUUGUAGUGAUAAUGCCUCAGGCAGCUCUGGUCUCAGGCUUCUCUCUUCUGCAUGAGCAGAUAAUUCACAGGCUAUUUCAAGUACUUUGAGAGCUCUCCCUUGCCUUCCAUUGCAAGUUUGCAUAUGUAUUUUGUGGCAGAAUCAAGUCUUGAGAAUAUCACAAUUUAUUUGUUCUGUUUUAACAGUGCCAGAACAGGUACAAGAGUAGUUACAAACUCUCAGCUAAUAAAUGUUUCUGUGCAGGUCCAUUACAACUUAGAAAAAAAAAAUCUGUCCAGCAAAUUUUGUUGUGAGAACUUUGUUGCAAAUAUGACAUACUCUUCAAAAUUUCUUAAUGCUAUAUAGAACAGCAGUUACUAAAGUUACAUUUUUACUCCAAAUUCAGAACACAUUUCUCUAGUGAGUACCUUGAAAUGUCUUAGAUUAAAAUAAUAAAGCAUUUCUCUUGAUGCUUCUUUAUACCACUCUAACAGUAAGACUGACAUUCCUUUACAAGGUGAUUUACCUGUUUGCAGCCCUUUUUAUAGGGCAAAUCCAAGAAAAAGAUCCCAAAUUUCAAGUAUGUGUAUAUGAAAACUUAAUGUCUACAUGUUAUUUGUGUAGAUUUAUUGGGAGAAACAUGGAGUCAUACUGAACUCUAGAAGUGCUCAGUUUUAAUUGCAGGGGAUUCAUGUUUUUCUUGAUUUCCCACCACAAGAACACACACAUAUUGUUCGAAAUAUUUUAUAAAUUCAUUUACAGUAUAUCAAAAGUAUAUAUUUAGCCAACCCAUAGAAAUAUAGAAUAAGCGAUAAAUACUACUGUUCGUAGUGCUGCUUAAUAAAGAGGUUUGUCAUGUUUAUAAAUAGUCCUUCACAAUUGUGUGUUACAUCUUGAAAAUGUUGUUUUCUUCUCUAAUAAGCUAAUUGCUCCUUGGGAUUUUUGAAUUACUACUCAGGCAAGAUAACUAAAUGGAGGUCACCAGCGAAAAUGACACUAAUCAUUAUCUGCAGGGCCUUUAAUCUUUAAAACACUAUUCUUAUAUCACUGCAAUGUCAUGACCUUUCCAAUCAGUAAUGAUUAUGAUCACAUUUUAAAGAUGUGGAAAUGAAAGAAAAAAGAUUAAGUAACUUGUGAGAGACCACAAAGGUAGAAAUAUCCAGUUUAGAAAUAAAAGUGAAUUCUUGGCUUUUGUCCUAAAACUUCUAAUACUCUGCCAUACAAGAUCUUCAUUGUCAUUGAUAGGCAAUAACAUCUACCGAGAUUUUCAAUUAUUGCCAAACAAAUUUUUGUUACUAUUAGUACAGGAUUUGAGCAAAUAGUGUUGUGGUUUACUUGGAAAAUGAGAAUUCAUUUUCAAACACUAUUUAUUUAUGGAACUGUGCUAUGGUAACUGCAAUUAGAUUUUAUUUAAUUUUCUGUCACUUGGGCUUGGCCACAUAGGUAUAGUACCUCUUUUGCCCUUCUUUGACUGAGUGUGGAACAACGCAUAAUGAUCACAUGCCACAGGCUGGAUUUUUGUGAUUGGUUUUGCUAACACAGUCACUUACACUCAAAAUUUCAAAUUCUUGAUAUUGGGCUUCACAUAUUCAAGUUGUCCAUAGACUUUUAAGGACAAAAUAGCAUGAAUUUUAGUAAAUAACUUAAUAAUUCAUAAUAUUAGUUCUUCAUUUUAGUUUUUUUGGCUUUCGGUAGUCUACGGUAAAACCUGAAACUUUUCAAAUAAGUGUCUAAAACUAAAAUUCGUCACAUCUUCUUUCUAUAAUAACUAGAUAUGUUUGUUGAUUUUUUUAGUGACAGACUUUUCAAAUGAGACACGUUUUUUAAUGAUUGAUUAACCUGGGACCUGUAACAAAAGGUUAUUUGAAAUCAUAUUUAAAGCAUAUAUUUAAAGCAUGUAUUGAAUCUACUACUACUAGCAUUGCUCUCCAGUAAUUCAGUCAUAUUAUUCUAAAUUACCUUUGGCAUUGAGGAAGCAGAUGUACAGUGUUCAUUAUACUAUCACAAAGAAUUCAUUUUGCUGUAAGUAUCUCUCUUGCCUACAACAGUUAGUUGUAAGAUUCAUAUUUCCUUCUAAUGGAAAUUGCUAGAAAAGAAACAUGGUAUUAGAAGGCACCUCAGUUGAGAAAACCUGUUUCUGAAAGCAAAGUACAGUUUUUGAUUGGCUUGUGAAUGAACAGCAUGAAUGAAUUGAUUCCGCAAGUUUUCAGACCCUUAACUCUAACUAAAUUCAACAAAAAUUGAGGCA